GCGGCCCCAUUGGCCAGCGAAUGGCGUUUGUACCGGCGGUAGGGUCAGGGAGGCAGCUGUAGUCGGAAGGUAGAGAUGCAUAGGCGGAAGUGGCGUUGCUUGUAGGUGGCGUGCAAUAUGGCGGGGCAGGCCGUGGCGGCGCGAGGACCCUGGCGGAGGCUGGUGCCUGUGCCGCUGUGGGAGCAGCCGCGCCGUCUGCAGCAUGAAUGGCGGCCCAGCCCGUCCGACCAGCCCAUACAAAUGGAGAACCCCUAUAAAGAGCCUCCUAAAAAAUGUGUCUUGUGUGGAAUAAGUGUGGACUACAAGAACGUGCAGCUUCUUUCCCAGUUUGUUUCUCCACAUACUGGCUGCAUUUAUGGCCGGCAUAUAACAGGCUUGUGCAACAAGAAGCAGAAGGAAAUUACAAAAGCCAUUAAAAGAGCUCAUGUAUUUGGAUUUAUGCCAGUUAUGUUUAAGGACCCAUCGUUUCUCACAGACCCCAAGAUAUGUAAUGUCAAGUAUCCAGAGUAAUAUACUAUGAAGAAAUAAACAAUAAAACUGCUUUUCAUGUUUA